CUUUCUGUGAAGUCGACAUACCCGAGUGUGAGUCUGACCCCUGUCAGCACGGCGCCACCUGCCAGGAAGGAGUUAACCAGUAUACCUGCCUCUGCUGGCCUGGCUAUGAAGGCGAGAACUGUGACCUUGAUGUGGAUGAGUGUGAAACGCAGCCGUGCGACAACGACGGCAAAUGCUUCCAGCGAUCCGACUCCAGACACUACAGACUUCUGCCUGAUCUGGACAUGGACUUCAGCUAUGAGAGCGCAGCCGGAUUCCUGUGCCACUGCCGCGCUGGAUUCACAGGCGACAAUUGUUCAGUUAACGUGAACGAAUGCGAGUCCGCGCCGUGUGAAAACGGAGGCAGCUGUGAAGAUCUCAUCAAUGCGUUUGGGUGCUCGUGUCCUGCGGGGUUCACAGGUGUGGUGUGUGAGAUUAACCUGGACGAGUGUGAGAGCGAACCCUGUCAGAACGACGGCCGCUGUGAAGACGCCAUUAAUGACUACACGUGUCACUGUCCUCCUCCUGCGCCGGACCAGCUGCCCUGGGGCGGUCAUGACUGUGACGUCCAGCUGACCGCCUGUGUGUCUGACCCCUGCCAAAACAACGCCACCUGUGUGCCUUCACUGCUCAGAGACCAGCAUCAGCACACCUGCACAUGCCCUUCAGGCUUCCACGGUGACACCUGCCAAACAUCCACCACCUUCUCUGUGACCAGAGGUUAUCUGGUCAUCGAGGUCCCGCAAAUCAACAGGACAUCCCAAGGGCCGAGCGUCCAGCUGAGGUUCAGGACGACCUUGUCGGAUCUAAUUCUCUUCCUCCGGGGAAGCCAAGAGCACUUCUUCAUACUGGAGCUAAUUGGUGGAGACCUGCACUCCAGAGCCGAAUCGGGAGACUUAAAGCUGGCUGUGCAGUUAAGUGGGGAUUUCAGCGACGGACUCUGGCACGAAGUCUCGGUUAGUGUGGACGAGAGACUGAUUCUGACCUCGCUAUCAGACGACCUGACCAGAGCUGAGGAUGGAGGACACAACCAGCUUCUGUCCUUCCAGCCACACGGUUUGGAGAGAGUCUACCUCGGCGGGGUGCCGCAGGAAUACCUCAACCGAACUGCAUCCAGGAUGGGAUUCCUGGGCUGUUUUGAGGAUCUGCUGGUGGAUUCUCAGCCGGUUCUUCCCCAGAGCUUCGGUCUGCAGCCGGAUGUGCAGAUGGGCUGUGAGAAGAGCGACUGGUGUGGGCUGGACCCCUGCUCUGAGCGCGGCCGCUGUGUGGAUCUGUGGUCAGACUACAGGUGCGACUGCCGCAGGCCGUUUCAUGGACACAACUGUUCAGAAGAGUUCACUUCAUGGACGUUCAGUCCCGAGCGCAACAGGAGCUUCGUUGCGUUUCCCAUCAUGCAGCAGCAUGCCGGUGAUGUGAGCGUGUCGCUGUGGCUGAAAUCACGUCAGUUGAAUGGACUGGUCCUUCAGCUCCAGCGUGAGAAUCAAGCUUACCUCACUGUUUUCCUAAACAAUGGCUCGUUAUACAUUGCGAUAUACAACUCCAUCAGAAGAGCCUCCAGCUUCCUGACCGACGGGGAGAAGGUCUGUGUGUCCAUCAAAAAAGAACGAGGCUUUAUAUUAUUUAACCAAACGCAGCAGGUUUUUACUCCAAAAGAGCUGAUUGGGUUUGAGGUGGAGGCUGGAGACGUGGCGUAUCUCGGUGGGCUUCCUGAAGGAGAAAACGGCAGACAGUGGGGUGGAUAUUUUAAGGGCUGCCUGCAGGACGUGCGUAUAGACGACACACAGCUGUACAUGUACUCAGGCAGCAUCAGCCACAAACCACAGCAUCCCAGCUACUUACCCAGAAACUCCUCUAAUGUGCUGGAGGGCUGCGCCGGAGACCAGACGUGCAAGAUGAAGCCGUGUCAGAACGGAGGGAAAUGUGUGGUGAUCUGGAAUGACUUUGUGUGCUCGUGUCCACUGAACUUCUCCGGGAAGACAUGCGACGCUCGCGUGUGGUGCGUCAGCGAUCCGUGUGACUCUGGGACUCGAUGUGUGGAUUUACCUGACGGUUAUGAGUGUUUAGCCAACGCCACGUUUGAGAGCAACGCUUUGAAGUUCAGCGCCGACGGCUCCUUGUCCGUCCCUGUGAUGAGCAUCUCGAUGCAGCUCCGGACGCGCGAGGAGAACGGGACGCUGUUACGCACCUCCAGCCACAUGGAGUUCUUUUGCAUGGAGCUCCUCAACUCCUCCCUCAUCGUCAAGUUUCGCGACGGGAACAGUCUGGAGGUGCACACCUUCACCAGCGACGUCCCCAUUUCGGACGGAGACUGGCACCAGGUGGAGCUCUACCUGUCCAGCUCGAGGACAGCGGCGUCUCGGUGGCACCUCUCCAUCGACAGACAAGCGGCCGGAUUCAGUUCGGAUCCCGCCGGGAACAUGGACCUCUUCAACUCCUCCAGCGUUUGGCUGGCGGAGAACUACACCGGCUGUUUGGGCGAGGUGCGGAUCGGUGGCGUUUAUUUACCGUUUUCAGGACUCCUAGAGGAAGAAGCGCCACAAACGUCCCGGUUCAUGCGAGUCGGCGGGAUUUCUGAGCCUCGUCUGGGAUGCACCAGCUCCUCCUCCUGUCUUUCCGAUCUGUGCCAGAACAACGGCACCUGCACGGAUCUCUUCAAUCUCCUCUCCUGCGAAUGCGGCCCGGGAUGGACCGGCGAGCGCUGUCAGGAGAACGUGGACGAGUGCGGCUGGUGGCCCUGCGUCCGCGGGACGUGCCGGGAUCUGCUGGGGGACUACGAGUGCCAGUGCGCUCCCGGAUACGCUGGGAAGAACUGCCAGCUGGAGGCGGAUGUGUGCCAGGAGCAUCGCUGUGAGAACGGAGGCUCGUGUGCGGCUGCGGUUGUGGGAUACAUCUGCGUCUGUCCACCUGAUCACACCGGACCGCUCUGCCAGUGGCGUUUUCCUCGGCAGUGUGAUGUGGAUUUCCGGUGUGAUCAUGGAGGUGUUUGCAGCGAGGGCUCGUGGGGAGCGAACUGUUCCUGUAGACCGGGCUUCACCGGAGACAGAUGUGAAGUGGAUAUAGACGAGUGUGAGUCGAACCCGUGUCGUAACGGAGGCACGUGUGUGAACCGACACAACCACUACCUCUGUGAGUGUGUGUCCGACUUCAGCGGAGAAAACUGCCAGAAUACGAAGCAGCUGCAGCAGGAGCGUGUGCCGUGGCUGAUGGUGGCUGUCCCACUGGUGUGUCUCGCUGUCCUGCUGUCCGCGGUCGGGAUGGUUUGUCUGGUUCUCACGGCCCGGAAGAAGCGCCAGUCGGAGGGAACCUACAGCCCGAGUCAGCAGGAAGUAUCUGGAGCCCGACUGGAGAUGGGCAGCGUGCUGAAGGUGCCUCCAGAGGAGAGACUGAUCUGACAUCGGUCGUCCUGUGGAUGGUUUGGGCCGAACACACAUGGAACCAACAGAUGUGGCUUUUGUGUGUCGAGACAUGUUGAGCAAAGCUGCGUGUGCCUUCCAUGGAAGGAUAAUGGAGAAAAACACUGCUGAUCCUCCACUUUCACCACUGUGAGUAAGAGAGCAGUGGACAUCUUCAGCUUGGGAAGCCAAUGUGAGAAAUAUAAACUGACCACUUUCCAUCCCAUAUGGCAAAAAAUAUAUUUUCAAAUAUAUUUCAAAAUAUACAACAA